AUGCCCCAAUUAAACCCCAACCCCUGAUUUGCAAUUCUAGUAUUCUCAUGAAUCAUCUUUCUCACCAUUAUCCCAACUAAAGUCUUAAAUCACACCACACCAAAUGAACCAACCCCAAUAAGUGAAGAAAAACACAAAACAGAACCCUGAGACUGACCAUGAUAA